AUGUUCGGCGCUAUCCCUACGCUCAUACAAGACGAUCCAGAGUUUUCAGAAUCGCCAUCACUCGUCCUAAUUCACGACGGCGGAGGAACCACCAUUAAUUAUUACUUCUUGGGUGACCUUGACCGGCAUGUUUGGGGUAUCAGUAACGAGAGACUCGUUGAGGAAAAUGCUUGGCCUGGAGGCAUUAAGCAGAUGGCUCAGGUAUAUUCAGAGCUCAUUCAAUCCGAGUUACCUAAUGGGCCUUUGAUAUUUGGCGGCUGGUCUAUCGGCGGUCUCAUCGCAUUGGAAAUGGCAAAGAUUUUUGCUGGCAAUACCGAAUUCCAUAUUCUUGGUGUCGUUAUGAUUGACACAUUUCAUCCAUUAGCGAGAGAUAUUGGAAUCAGCCAAGAUAUUUCAGCAAUCGAAUGGGGUGAAGCAACGACGGAAGAGUCUAAGCAAGUGACACUGAAGAGCAUAAGAAAUUGUUCCAAGUUCGCUCAGCAGUGGGGUCGGGAUUCCUUGAAAGGAUUUGGUAUAUCAGAAAAACUACCACCAGUCAUUCUUCUCUGCGCGAGCGAGGGUUAUGACAUAUCUAUGUCGGAAGAUAAAUUAGGUUGGGAGAAUUACCAGCAUGAUUUCUUUUCGCACGUCUUAAACGUGCCUGGAAAUCAUCACAGCUUGUUCGCUGACGAAAACGUGAGCGGGCUCACUGAACAGUUAUCUGAGGCAUGCCAAAUUUUAGAAGAAGGCUUUUGA